AGUGAUAACCCACAGUGAGUGAAUCAAAAUCUAAAUCACAACUUGGAUACAACAUCGAUCCUCAAAAUCGGCACCCAUAAAAGCUGUUAAAUAUGCCAAAGAAAAAGAAGGAGCUUAUGGAACCGCAGGCAGCCCCUGAACCAGAGCCAGAACUACCUAUGGACGUGGAAACGCCACCAGGAAAGCCGCUCAUCUCCACAGUCACCGGAGAACCAUUUGGCCCUAGAAUUCGUUACAUUGACGAGAACGCGGAGGCUCAAAGUUCCGAUGAUGAGCCGGAGUCUGACAGCGAUAACGAAGGCAGAUUUUUGAAGGAUGACCUCAAGUCUGGCGUACCAUCUGAGUUUUGGCAUAUACAAAAAUUGAUCAAGUACAUGAAAGCUGGGAACCAAACUGCUACAAUGGUCUCUCUCUGUUUGCUAAAAGACCACGAACUCACUUCACCGGUAAUUCAGCACCUAAUACAAGACAUGGGUGGCUUAGAAGUUUUAGUGAAUCUUUUGGAAACUAGAGAUAUCAAGUGCCAGUUGGGUUCGUUAUCUGUACUGUUACAACUUGCGACUAGCUCUGAGAUGAGGAAGGCACUCAUUGACUUGGACAUUGUCACUCCAUUAAUUAAUAUCUUAAAGCACCCAGCUAGGGAUUUACAAGUUAUGGCUGCUGAAACUAUGGCAAAUAUCGCUAUGAUGCGGAAGGCUAGAAAACAAAUAAGAAUCCGAAAUGGUAUUCCUUUAAUUUUAGAUAUUAUGGAUGUGCCAGACUCUGUACUACAAAAACCUCUCGAAGAAUUGAAAGAAGAGGAAUGUGAACUCGUAGCUGUGGCAAUUGGAUGUGCAAAGGCCCUGGACUCGUUGAGUAGUAGUCCAAAAAUCAAAGAAGACCUUCGAAGACAGGGAGUCGUCUUUCACAUGGCUCGUUUUCUGCGAUCUUGUCACACUCAACUAAUCAUCCCUACAAUGGGAGCAGUGCAGCAAUGUGCCGACCUGAAAGCAUUUAGAAUAGCUUUUGAACAAAUGGGUAUAAUAACAGACGUGGUACGUCACAUCAAUGACAAAAAUGUGAAAUUAAAAGAAAACUGCGCUUUGGCUAUACAUAAAUGUGCUGGUAAUAAAUUGACUCGAGAUAUGGUUCGUGAAGCUGGAGGACUGGAUCCCCUUUGCAAGCUAGCACAGAGUGAAGAUGUACGAAGUAACAAGCGCUUACUAGCUGCUGUAACGGGAGGGAUUUGGAAGUGUGCUAUGAGCCCGGAAAAUAUUAGCAGAUUCAAUCAGAAUAAUUUAGUGGCAUCGCUUGUACCAUUACUAGAGGAACACGAGGACGAAGACGUUUUAACAAGCGUUGUUGGAGCGUUAUCGGAAUGCUGCAAAUAUCCAGAAAAUAGGGAUAUAUUGAGGACAUCGGAUGGUCUUCCUAAGCUGAUUCGUCUCUUGAGCUCAACCUACCAGCCACUGCUAGAAAACAUACCAUUGGUUUUAAAAGAAUGUGCUGAGGACGAACAAUGCAUGGAUAUCAUAAAUGAUUCUGAUCAUAAUUUGGAUGGUGUACGUUUGAUUUGGUCUCUAUUGAAGCAUCCGAAUAACAUCAUUAAAAGAAAUUCGUGCCUGGCUUUGGUACCUUGUAUAAAAUAUGCUAAAGACUCGCCUGAAAUGGUGCGAGCAUUUGUUGGAGGUUUGGAGCUGACAGUCAGUUUGUUAGAAAGUGAAGAUGUGGAAGUCUUGAGCGCUGCUUGUGCUACGAUAGCUCAAAUCGCCACAGAUCCGGAAAAUCUGGGUAUUCUAACAGACCAUGGUGUUGUCAAAAUGCUAGCAGAUCUUGUGGACACUGAAAAUGAGGGGCUCAGAGCUAAUUUGGCCUUAGCCAUUGCAUACUGCUGUGAAUGGGAGAAAAAUAACUAUGAAUUUGGUCGUCUUAAUGCUGUUGCGCCGUUAGUCAACUACAUGACUAGCAAAGAUCCAGAAGUUCUUAAGGGCGUCACCAUUGCCUUUUGCCACUUCAGCAAGGAACCACUCAAUUGCAUUACAAUGCAUACAUGUGGGGUUGUUAAAGUAAAGUUGACAAGAGAUCAACACUUUUCAAAACAUACAAAAUUGCAACAUUUUUUCAAACUAUUUACAGCAUGUUUUACGGAUGGUGGGAUCAAAGGACCCAGAGGUUCAAGUAGCUGCUGCUACAACGAUUCGAAAUAUCAGAAAACUGGCACUGACCGCAGAGAAAUUCCACUAUGGAGAAAUAAGUUCGCUGUACGAUAUAAAUUAUCAGAACUAAUCAGAAGGUUACACACAGGAUUCGGAUGACCUUUGGAAGGAACUAUGAGGGUGCUUCUGAAACAAGGAUCCAAAAUAAAACCAUCUUUAUUUCUGUUCUUUUCAGGCAACAUAUUAUUUGAGGUAAAGCUUUGUUACUAAGAUGUGAAGAAAAUUGUCUUUUGAAGCAGCACAGUGCUCCAAUUUGUAUAAUUGUAACAUAUCUAAACCCACCAACAAUGAACAGUAACAUUUUGUCAAAAACAAUGUUUUCAAUUAUUGAAUACGUUCGUAACUAAAGUGAUGCAACAUGAAUAUUAAAGAACAUAUUUGUGUACAACAAUUGUUAAUAGCUCAUCACGAGAUUCGAUCAUUCCGAUAUUAAUGUUUCGCACACCUUUGUCACCACUGUCACAUUUUAUCUUGAUUGUGAGGUCGUUAUGGAAUUUUACAUUGAUGUUUCCUGAGGGCAAAUAUCAUGUCUUUUGAAUUUGUCAAAAGCUGUUCAGUUAAUAUGUUUACUAACUUUUCAAAAACUGGAGUACAAUGAUACAAGAUUGAAAAAAUGUGACUUGCUCUUACAUCGAAUCAAGCCCUAUAUGUUUCUUUUCAUUAUAACACAAUAAUGAAAUAAUCUUGUUCAGAUCCCAAUAUGUCAAGUACUUAGUUUGUGUUUCAGUAACUGGGCUGAUUCUUAAUGACCUCUCAUACACACAAAGUAUCAUAAUCUUUAUUGUUAGUUGGUGGUGCCAUCCCCAAAACCAAUGGAAAGAAUUGCUCACUGAGCUGAAUUUUAAUCGAUGACAUUUAUAGAGCUCUAUUCAGAUGUUUAGACUUUACUCUUGAAGAAAUUUAGUCAGCCAGUCGAAAAAUUAAGAGGUAUCUGCAAAGAUAUUUUAUGAAAAAAGAUUUCAUGGAAUUCAUUUUUUUUGAAAAUAUAGUUUACCGAGUAUUAACUCUAGCAUCAUGGCAAAGAAAAAAAGGCACAGAUACACAAGUUUUUUUCAGCAAUAAAUCGAUCUUACUUCUGGUUUAGACUCGUUGUGCGGAUGAAUCAAUCUUAAUGGCACUUGAGCAGAAAAAAGUUUGAUCAACAAAUUGUUUUUUUAUCUUAAGACAAUAUACUUUUAAGUUGAUAGAAUAACAAAACUACAAACACAGCACUUGAGGAAGUAUCAUUAUUAUUUAGUAGUUGGUUUCUCUAGGUAAUUUAUUAUUAAAUAAUUUAAUGUUUCGUAUAUAAGACACUCAUGCAGUAUGAAAUCGGAUGAAUACGCAUGAUUUUGAGAUAAAAAUUUGCAAGAACACUGUUCAAAGAUCAAUGAAAACAUUCCGAAAUAUCAGAGGUCUACAUGAAGCUUUUGUCGGUAAAAAAAAGAACCGCAACUUUCAAAAUUGACUAACGUAAAAUCAUCAUUCAAAUAGAUCUUACCAAUUUGUGUGACAUAUUCGUAUUGACAAGCAUCCGAUCACUUCCUAACUAGAAAUAUUUUGUAAAAACGUAAUACAUAAAUAAACGUGGUGAGAUUUCAAGCUUAAAAAAA